AAUACUUCAUCACUCUCGGGCUUCUCUGCUCUGUUCUCUAGAGAGAGAAAGCUUUACAUACACAGAUAUAGAGAGAGAGAGGUUGUGUGUGUAUCUAUGAGUAUGGCUACCUGUUUCCCUUGGUUCUCAGUAUAGACUAUAGACCUGAAAUGAUACCGUUUCCAUCCAUGUCUUCCAUCUUCCCUGCACUGAUUUUCUGUAUUGUUCUUGUUUCCUGUGCAUGCGCCGCCCAGCGCAGCGCCGAGAACCUAGCCGAGAUCCAGGCGCUUAACUCUUUCAAGCUCAGUGUUCACGACCCGCUUGACGCGCUCGCCGACUGGGACUCGUCGUCGCCGGCGGCUCCCUGCGACUGGGGCGGCGUGAAAUGUGAGAAUGGUCGCGUGAGUGAACUCAACCUCCCUCGGCGCCAGCUCGGCGGCCCGCUUACCCCGCAAAUCGCUAAUCUCCGGUUGCUACGUAAGCUGAGCAUCAGCUCCAAUUCAUUCAACGGGAGUGUUCCUUCCUCCCUCGCGAAAUGCUCGCUCCUGAAUUCUGUUUUUCUGCAGUACAACUCGUUCUCCGGCGGAAUGCCGCCGGAAAUUUCGAAGCUCGCCGGCCUGAAAAUCUUCAAUGUCGCCGGGAACAAGCUCUCCGGCGGCAUCCCCGGGGACCUCCCGCAGAGUAUCCGCUACUUCGAUCUCUCUUCCAACUCUUUCACCGGAGAGAUACCGAGGAACAUUUCGAGCCUCUCGCAGCUCCAGUACAUUAACCUCUCGAGCAAUCGCUUGUCCGGCGAGAUUCCGGCGAGCUUGGGAGAGCUCCAGCAGCUUCAGUACCUCUGGCUUGCGGACAACGAAUUGGAAGGGACUCUGCCCUCCGCAAUCGCCAACUGUUCAUCGCUGGUGCAUCUUAACGCCCAAGGCAACACAAUCAGCGGCGUCAUUCCCGCCGCCAUCGGAGCGCUUCCGAAGCUUCAGGUGAUAUCUCUAUCGCAUAACAACCUCUCUGGUUCAAUACCGGCUUCGAUGUUCUGCAGUGUCUCGGUUUAUCCUCCAUCUAUUCGGAUUGUUCAGCUAGGUUUUAAUGCAUUCACAGAUAUUGUACCACCUGAAUCAUCUCUGUGUUUGACUACUUUACAAAUGUUGGAUCUCCAGCAGAAUAGCAUUCACGGCAAUUUCCCCCUGUUUUUGACAAACAAUUCUUCAUUAACUUCUCUAGAUGUUUCUGGAAACUCCUUUUCCGGCAAAAUCCCUGGUGCCAUUGGAAAUUUAUGGGCAUUGGAGGAAUUGAAAAUGGCGAAUAACUCGUUUGAGGGUGUCAUUCCUGUUGAGAUCACUAACUGCACUAGUUUGAAGAUCCUUGAUCUUGGAGGAAAUCACUUGAACGGGGGCAUUCCUGCAUUCUUAGGUCAGCUUAGAAACUUGACGAGUUUGUCACUGGGUAGAAACCAGUUUAAUGGUUCAAUUCCUUCAAGUUUUGGUGAUUUGCUUAAUCUUGGGAAUCUGGACUUGGGAGGCAAUGCUCUCACCGGAACCUUGCCGGAGGAGAUAAUGGCGUUGAGCAACUUGAGUACACUGGACCUCAGUUCAAACAAGUUCUCUGGGAGUAUUCCUGUCAGCAUUGGGAACUUACAGCAGCUGUCUGUUCUGAAUUUGAGUAGCAAUGGUUUUUCGGGGAGAAUUCCUGGCAGUAUUGGUAGUCUGUACAAGUUAAAAGCUCUUGAUUUGAGUAGGCAGCAUUUAUCUGGGGAAUUGCCAUUUGAUCUUUCUGGUUUGCCUAACCUGCAAGUGAUUGCAUUGCAGGAGAACAGGUUAUCUGGUGAAGUUCCUGAAGGUUUCAGUAGCUUAUUGGGUUUGCAGUAUUUGAACCUAUCUUCCAAUUCAUUCUUUGGUCCCAUUCCCUCUACUUUUGGCUUCUUGAAGUCAUUAGUUGUUCUUUCCUUGUCUAACAAUCGAGUUUCUGGCUUGAUUCCUCCUGAGUUGGGUAAUUGUUCUGUUCUUGAAGUACUGAGCUUGCAUUCCAAUUCUCUGAGUGGUCAAAUCCCUGUUGAUCUUUCUCAUCUUUCCCAUUUGAGGAUCCUUGAUUUGGGUCACAACAAUUUUACAGGUGAAAUCCCAGUAGACAUCUCGAAUUGUUCAUCCUUAACUUCACUGGUACUAGACUCGAAUCAUCUUUCCGGUCACAUACCAGAGUCAUUAUCCCACCUAUCAAAUUUAGUGAUCUUGGAUCUGUCCAGUAACAACCUGACCGGAGAGAUCCCAGAAAAUCUUACUCUCCUUUCGAACUUGGCAAACUUCAAUGUGUCGAACAACAAGCUGGUUGGUCAGAUUCCUUUGAAGUUGGGGUCUCGUCUUAACGACCCAUCAGAUUACACUGGCAAUCAAGGUUUGUGUGGGAAACCCUUGAGCAAAGAAUGUGAGGGAGGUGGUGAUGGUAAAGGGAAUAGGCUGGUUAUGUUGAUAGCCAUAGCUGCAAGUGGAGCUCUUCUCCUAGCAUCAUGUUGUUGCUUCUACACCUACAGCUUGUUGAGGUGGCGCAAUAAGCUCAAAGAGAAGGCAGCAGCUGGGGAAAAGAAACACAGCCCUGCAAGGGCUAGUUCAAGAACCAGCGGGGGUCGUCUCAGCAGCGAAAACGGUGGACCAAAGCUUGUUAUGUUCAACAACAAGAUCACAUUAGCCGAAACCAUAGAAGCCACGAGGCAGUUUGACGAGGAAAACGUGCUGAGCAGGACGCGAUACGGGGUGGUUUUCAAGGCGUGUUACAACGAUGGAAUGGUGCUGUCGGUCCGCAGGCUCCCGGAUGGAUCACUAGACGAAAACACGUUCAGGAAAGAGGCGGAAUCGCUAGGCAGGGUGAAACACAGGAACCUAACAGUUCUCCGGGGCUACUAUGCUGGCCCCCCGGACCUCCGGCUCCUAGUGUAUGACUACAUGCCCAACGGCAACCUUGCCACAUUGCUGCAAGAAGCAUCCCACCAAGACGGCCACGUUCUCAACUGGCCAAUGCGCCAUCUCAUCGCGCUAGGCAUUGCCCGAGGCCUCGCUUUCCUUCACACAUCCUCAAUUAUCCAUGGAGACAUCAAGCCCCAAAAUGUCCUUUUCGACGCAGACUUUGAAGCUCACCUAGCAGACUUUGGCCUAGACAAGCUCACAGUGACAGUGGCUGCUCCUCCAUCACAGCCCUCUACUUCAACCCCGGUUGGCACCCUAGGCUACGUAUCACCUGAAGCCGCACUAACGGGCGAACCCACGAGAGAAUCAGAUGUGUACAGCUUCGGGAUUGUGUUACUCGAGCUUCUCACCGGAAAACGGCCGGUGAUGUUCACGGAAAGUGAAGACAUUGUGAAGUGGGUGAAGAGGCAAUUGCAGAGAGGCCAAAUCUCGGAGUUGCUAGAACCAGGAUUGUUGGAGCUGGACCCUGAAUCCUCAGAAUGGGAAGAAUUCUUGUUAGGGAUCAAAGUUGGAUUGCUUUGCACCGCUCCUGAUCCCCUUAACCGUCCCACCAUGACCGACAUUGUGUUCAUGCUCGAAGGUUGCCGGUUCGGACCGGACAUCCCUUCCUCCGCCGAUCCCACCUGCCAACCGUCCCCCGCCUGAAACCUUCCAAUUCUUUUGGCUGUAUGUGUAAUUCCUGGAGGGAAAAUUUUCAACCCCAAAAAAAAAAAAAAAUUAGUUUUUUCAAUUCAACAGUUUUGAAUUUCAAUUUUAUUAAUUUA